AUGCACGUCAACAGCGGUUGGAGCUGGGGCAGUCUCUCCUAUACGGAGUCUGCUGUCCUGGUAGCAUUCAUAGUAUUGCUUCUGGUGAAUUUGAAGGGCGUCGUUGGGGUUUGGCAUGUCCGGCUCUUCAAGGGUCUAUGCACGCAGUACAUCCUCGCCGCAAGAGAAAGAACCUCAACCUCAAAGGCCGAGCAACAAGCAAAGACCAACUUCAAUGGCCCUCGCAAUGACCCCAGCAAACCCACCCCCGCAGCCCCAAAAAAUCCCCCCCGCCUCACCUCCUACCUCGUAACAACGCACCGCAACGCCCCCAUCGACUGCGACUACAACAUGCACAAGUCCAACAGCACCUUCUUCGCGGACCUCGACAUCAACCGCGCGCAGCUGCUGCUCCGGCUAUUCGGCGGGUUUCCGCGCUGGGCACCGGCCCCAGCUACACCCACGGGUACAUCCUCGCAGUCUAGCAAAGGCGGCAGGAGCAAGGAAACUGAACGCUCGCUGAACGUCGCCCUCGGCGGCGUCUCCUGCGUCUUCAAGCGCGAGAUCAAGCCGUUCCAGCGGUUUGAGAUCUGGUCGCGGGUGCUAGGGUGGGAUGGGAAGUGGGUUUUUGUUGCGAGUUACUUUGUCAAGGCGGGGAUCCGCGUUUCUGGGCGUGGAUCGGAUGGGGGGUUGGAUUGGAGUAAGGACAUCCUGGCGACGUCGCUAAGUCGGUAUGUGUUUAAGGAUGGGAGGGUUACGGUGAGGCCGGUGGAUGUUUUGAGGUUUAAUGGGUUGCUGGAGGGGGUGGCGGACGGGGGUGCGGAGGGUUUUGGUGAGGAGAUAAAGGGUGCGGGGUUGUUUGAUGGGCUUGACGCGCUUCCUGGGCUGUUUGAGCCUGGCAGGUUUGGGGUGUUGGGGCGGUAUUCGGAUCUAUAG